AUGGCUUCCUGCUUGGUGUGCGGUCCCUUCCAAGCCGCCUCCGAUGCGGAGCAAGUCAAGCGAGGCACCAGCGUAGCAGAUCUGCAAGCAGAUGCGGGGGUCGCGCAAGAUAUCCGCACUCUCCGAGAGAUGUUGACAAGAAAGAUUCAGAUGAUGGAUGCGGUCAAGAUGCAUCAGAGUGCCAUGGAGGUGGCCAUGCAAGAGUUGGGUGAUCAAGUAGAAUGUGCCAGGUAUGCUCUGGACGAUCUUGCCAGUAAGUUUCAGAUUCAAGAUACCUCCGAGACAUCUGCCGGUAACGACGAGAAGGCCUGCGAGAUAUUGCUCACGGAAGCCCAUGACGCCGGCAUCGAAGCAGCAAGCACCACUCAUCAGAGGGCUGCUUCGCCACCAAGUACUGCUGAAGUUCCGGUCGGUGUGGCCGACGUGGAGAAGAUUUCCGUCGACACCCAGUCAUCCGACCAUGAUAACCCCAAGACUCUGCUGUCAAAGCUGCAGUCUCAAAUGCAGACUCCGGUGGUCAGCCUGCCAAACAUGGACCUUGGCCUCUGGAGUUUCAUCCGUGCUUGGUGCAGGAUAUUGGUGGACGAGAAAGCGCUGAUCGGCCGAUGCUUUGAGUUCACAGUAUGUGCGGUGAUAGUGGUAAACUCCAUCUUGAUUGGAAUCGAGUCAGAGCUUUCUCUGAGCGGUGACACGUCAAGCUGGUCGAGGCCUUUGGAGAUUACCUUUCUGAUUAUCUAUACACUGGAAGUAGUGGUCCGCCUCAUUGCCAAAGGGUGGAGAUGCUUUCAAGAUCGAUGGUUUCAAUUUGACUUUGUUUUGGUGGUGGUCACAAUCCUGGGCCAGAGCAUCGCCUCUCUGUCAGAGCAGGUAGCAAAUGCCAUGCAGCAGGUGCUGGUUUUAAGAGCCAUCCGCUUAUUGCGCCUCAUACGUGCAUUCAAAGCGAUCAAGCAGCUUCGGACUGUGUGGCGCCUGGUGUAUGGGCUCAUUACCUCUGGUGAGACCAUGCUUUCCACUUUGGCGCUUCUUGGUCUUGUGAUCUACGUCUUCGCUGUUAUUGGUCUGGAAUCGAUUGCCAAAGAUACUGAGAUCAUAGCCGAUGCAGCGACCAACAAAAUUGUCGAAGACCAUUUCAGUUCAUUGUAUGUGUCAAUGAUCACCUUAUCACAGUUCGUCACUUCAGACUCAAUAGCUGCCAUCUACUUGCCGUUGAUGAAGAAGAAGCCGGAACUUACAAUCUAUUUCUUGCUGUUGAUGAUAAUCGUAUCCAUCUCGCUCAUGAACCUGGUGACGGCAGUGAUCGUGGAGGGAGCCUUGGAGCAUGCUCGCCAGGACAGGGAGGAAGAGCAGAAGCUCCUCACAGCCAGCGCCAAAAACAUGCUGACCGAGAUCUCGGAUCUUUUCAAAGGGCUGGACCAUGACAACAACGAGAUGUUGUCAGUGUCAGAGGUUCAGCGAGCGGAAUUCGAGAAAAAAGUUGCGGUCCCCUCGCACAUCUUGGACAAGGCUUCAGUCGAUAGCAUGACGGAGCUCUUCGCCAAGCUGGACAUUGACCACUCUGGAAUCCUCACACGUGAGGAGUUCACUGAAGGGCUGCUGAACAUAUUUCUCUUGGAUAUUCCGGUGGCAGAUAUGCAAGUCAUGAAGAUGGUGCGGAUGCUGCGGACAGGAGUGCAGAAAAUCGAGGCAGAUCUCGCCAUGCUCAAGCGCGUUGUUUGCGAGAGCAAUAUGCCCACUCCGCCGCAGAAAUAA